AUGGCGCUCUACAGGGAGAACCGCAUCGUCCCAAUCGGGCUGAUGCUCUUUUCCCUCAUUCUCUUCUUUUACAACCUCGACUUUUACCAACAGCCGACACACGAGUCACAUCAGACACACAUCGACAGACCGGUGGUUGAGUCACCGCUCGAGGCCAGACCACUUCGAGUAUCACCACCACAUACAGAUGCACAAGAUAAACAAAAUACACACACAACAACACCCUCAACAUCAACCCAUACAGACACAUCAACAGGCAAACUCACAUCCGACGAUGUCGCUCUGCUCUUCAAAACCGGCGCUUCCGUCCUAUGGCGCCGGCUGCCCAUCCACCUGUCCACCACCUUCUCCCCCGCCCGCAUCCAUCCCAACAACACCAUCCUCUACUCCGACUACCCCGAAACCAUCGGCUCCUGGCACAUCAUCGACAUCCUCGCCAACUCAUCCUCAACAGUCCGCCAAUCUGACUCGUUCCAGCCAUACCUGCAGCAGGAAGAUUACGAAAACAGACAGGUCUACGCAGAAUCCACCAGCACCAACGGCGACGGAAAUGGCCCUCUCGGGGGGUGGAAAUUAGAUAAAUAUAAAUUCCUCCCGUUGAUUCAGCAUGCAGGCGUGGAGAAACCUAAUGCGAAAUGGUACAUCUACAUGGAGGAUGACUCGUACAUUUUCCUGCCUAAUCUCCUGCGUCAUCUGAACGACUUCAACUACCGUGACCCGUGGUAUCUGGGUAGUCUGGCCUGGAAGCACGGCGACUACUUUGCACACGGCGGUGCUGGCUUCGCUCUGUCACGGGGGGCAUGGGAGAAGAGCUUUGGAAAAGACCCCAACAUUAUUGAUAAAUUCGAACAAUUCACCGAUGUCCACGGAUGCGGGGACCAUGUCCUCGGACACGUUCUGAACGAAUACGGGGUCAGCUUCGGUGAAACGCAUGGCGACAGUCGGUUUACGUUUGGGUUCAAUGCGGAACCGCAUUGGUCGAGUUGGUUCACCAAGGCCAACUGGUGCAAACCCGUCUACAGCUGGCAUCACACGCACAGUAAAGACGUGGCACGAUUCUAUAAUCUCGAGUCGAGCUGGGAUUUCCAAAAGUCUGCCCUGAAAUACCGCGACAUCUACAACGCCUUCAUCAAGCCCUAUCUCCGUCACCGCGUUGAAUGGUGGGACAACCAAUCCUCCCAAUACGAUAUCACCUCCUCCAACGCCCCCCACGCCGAGCCACCCACAACCGCCACAUCGAAAGAAACCUGGCUGAAGUCGUGGCAGUCCGCCGACGCGUGCGAGGCUGCCUGCCUCUCGUGGUCCGAGUGCGUGCAGUGGGCCUUUUACGAGGACCGAUGCCGAAUGCACGACCAGGUCUAUCUGGGGAGUGGAUAUCCCAUCGGAGACCCACGGAGGCAGACUUCGCUGAUGUAUACGAGUGGGUGGUUGAGCGAGAGGAUGGACGAGUGGGCUUGUGAUGAGUAG